GUAGCAGUGCCGAUUGGUUGCUGCUCACCAACACAGUCAGCCUGGGCUUGUUUUAACAUAACCGGGGGCACUUCGACAGCAGGCAAAAAGCAUGUAGUAAAUAAGCUGCUGGAUGAUAGGGGACCGGUGGUGACACACUGAUAUUCGCCGCUGUAUGAUGUUGCAGCGCACCGGACAUAGAAUUGUUGUUUUGUAUCUAAGGUGACAGUUUUUUUUUUUUCCAGGGGGCCGCCGCUGAUGAGGCGAUGAAGUGCAGAGAAUGAGAGCUGUGCCUGGGCCUACUACUACUGCUGCUGCAGCCCGGAUUGUGCAGAUCCGCUCUCUCGAACCGAGAAAAGCCCUCGCUUUGUGCCACAUUAUCAAACAUCCGCUGCUGGCUUCACGGUGACCGUCCUCCAAAUGGAUACAGCCGUGACAACAUGAAUCAGUCACACAGACCGCCUGUCAGGGUAGGCUCGGUGUUCGGUUCAGGCCAGCCAGAGCUGAGGCCCCACAAUGGUCUCGUGAGCACUUCGUACGGAAACCAACGUGGCGUCGUGCGGCGAGGGUCGGACCAACAGUCAGCCGCGCAGCUGCCAUCCUCCAGCGUCAAACCUCCAGCUGCACUGGGGUACAACCAGACCAGCCGGUCACACUGCUACAAUCCCCUGAGGAGGCUGCACGACCUGAACACUGUGGUCAGCAGGCCUGACCUGGAGAAGGACCUCCAUCCCAACAACCACUUCCACUGUGCAAUCCCCAUCAGUGACGAUGAGUUCGAGGCACCCUCAGUCCAGUUGCCCCUCUCUCCAGGUGACGAUGACGCGGCGUCCUUGGAGACGCUGCAGGAUGUGAGAAGAAACGGCUUCUCCCCUAACAGCCCGGACAGCUUUGAGCGCUGUUCUCCCAUCCCCAAUGGCUGCCUGCAUUUUGAGUCCACGCUGUUUGACAGCAGUGACAUUAAGGAGGAGGAGGAGGAGGAGGAGGAGGGGGGGCACUGUAGUGGUGACGAGCUGGUGCCAUUUCACCGCCCCACAAAGUUGAGUCAGGACUGGACUGUUUCUGACAGCAGGACCGCAUGCAGCUCAGGGGGGGAUAAAAUAACGUACAAACCUACUGUGUUUAAUCUGAUGUCCAAAACUAUAUCCGAACUCAACCCUACACUAAGCCCCAGCGCACUGCCAGACAUCACUAUGAGAGAUGGUUGGAGUUUGGGUGAGGAAUCACUGAGUGAGGAUGAACUUACCUCUCCUGUUGACCCUGGACUUAUUUCACCAGCCAGGACCAACUCCAACUCAAACAGCCCAAAGAAAAAGCCUCUUCCUGCAGUGAAAUACUUGGAAGGGGACUUGGUGUGGGCUAAAUUUAACAGACGGCCCUGGUGGCCCUGCCAUGUCACAUGUGAUCAGGACAAGGGGACCCACACUAAGAUGAAAGUUCCCAGUCCCCGUCCUUGUAGGAUGUAUUUUCUGGAGAUGCUUGGUGAGGUUGCAGAGAGGGCCUGGGUCCCAGGCACUGCAAUUCUUCCUUUUGAAGGAGGCCAUCAGUUUGAAGAGCUUCCAGUUCUCAGACGAAGAGGGAAGCAGAAGGAGAAAAACUACAAAUAUUUGAUACCGAAAAGUUUACUGACGGCUUGGAAAGUCAGUGUAGCGGAAGCUGAGUAUCUGCUCCAACAUCGACAAAGGAAUACUGAAAGCAUUCUUUCAUUAUCUGUCAAUGGAGAGGAGCGUGUGCCCAGCCCGGUGUGUGCUGAAAAGCCACAGGAGUCUCCCUCUGUCUCUAUGGAUCGGAAUCAAACUCAUUCACCCUUUAAAGGCCCCAAUGGAAAUGAGCCUUAUCUCAUCAAAAACUCUGCCGCAACUCAACCCAACAAGAGCAAAUACUGUAAGAAGAAAAAGAAAUGUUUGUCAGACAUAUUUGGACACAUAGUCGGUGGUUCAAAGGAGGGAUCUAUUAUUACAAACAUUGUGGAUCAGGUUCAUACUACAAAUCAUGCACUGAAAGAAGAGCCUCAGGACUCACCUUAUGCAGACCUGGAUUCUGUCCCAAUGCUGCACCGUCCUAAACGCACAGCGACGUCUCCAACGCCGGAUGCGGACAGGUUAAUCUGGAAAGAACAGGGUUCAACUAAAACAAAGUUUACUGAAAGAGCAACUCGUUCUGCCGACGCCGGUGAUUCUUCUAGUGUUUUAAAUAAAAAGACAUCAAAAGAAACAAGCUCUGAGAAGAGGUUUGGCAGCUGUAAUGAAUUGUCGAGCAGUUCAAAUGGAAAGCACUCUCUGGAACUUCCUGCCAGCAGUGGUCUGAUGACUCGGGCUCUGAGAGCAGAGGAAGAGACGGAUAUUAAAGAUGCACUGGCAACUAGCCAAAACUUAACAGAUGCCCCCGCUGAUGAUUGUCCCGAUAAAGCGCCUACUCGUACACCGAUCGGAGCUGAAGCCUCUCCUCGCUGGGAAUCACCCAGCAAAGCGUCAUGCCCUCCAAGACGACGCGCGAGGAAGCCUGAUAAGAAACACAUUCACAACGGCUCAUUGAUGAAGUCGAAGAGUUUCGGCACUAGUUUACCCGCAGUGCAACCUGUUCAAAUUAAGGUAGAGAAGCUCGAUCGGCCACCCUCAUCGUCCCCAUCCUCAUCUCUGUCUCCGAUGGAGGCUUUCCAGGAUCCGAAAGAGCUGACUUUUAAAUCUCUUGUGAAAGAAGACAGCAGUGACUCUGAGUCGAAUGCAUUUCAACCUGAUUCUAAUUAUAAGUUCAGUACCUUUCUCAUGCUCCUGAAGGACAUGCAUGAUACCAGAGAAAUGGAAGGUAAGCCCCUCACUCUGCCACCAUCACCAGUCCUGAUCAAAGAGGAACCUCUGGUCAUGCCUACAUCUACAGCUGGAGACUCACUGAAGGCUUCCGGUGAUGUUUUUACUCGAGGGAUUAAAACAGAGAGGCAAAACAGAGCUUUAAAAGCCAAGAGUAGGACUAAAGCUAUCAUGUCAGCAGACACCUAUCACUUUGAAGACUUCCCUGUUCACUUAAAGGCUAGAGGCUCAGACAAGCAGCAUAGAAAACAAAAACUUCCUGCCAAACUUAAACUCGGCAUACCAGGCCUGUCUAUGGACCUGGCGGACUUGGCUUACGGCAGAGGGUUUGUGAGUGGCCACGCUGACUUAGCUGAUCCUGGGUCAGCUGUUCCCACGGCCGGCUUCCCCAAGAAGAACUCGGGAGCCGCGGUGGCUCCAAAGAAACGCUGGCAGCAGGUGGAUGAGACCGCGGAGGGUCCGGGUGAAAUUACUUGCAGGGCAUCGACUGACGUGAACGGGUCUUACCCUGUGCGAGCAUCGCCAGAGUUCGAUCCAGGGGUCGAGAAAAGGGAAGAGAAUGACUCGCACAACUCAGACACGAGCAGCUCCGCUGAGAAUAAACGCCUCCGAAAACCAACAAAAAGGCUCCUCGAGUCAACGGAGGAGUAUGAACAAAUAUUUGCCCAAAAAAAAAAAUCAAAGAAGCACACCUCAGAAUCUUCCAAAUGGCAGACAUCAGUGAUGGCCGCCCUCCACGAUGUCAGCACCACAGCAGGAACGACUACCUCACCCUCGUCUUCUGCGGAGCCCGCCGAGGCGCUGUCAGAGCCGGAGCGGAGUCCGUCUCAUGAUACGCUCUCUCCUGUCGCGCCCUCAGUAUCUCCAACCUCGACACGGCCCUCGCUUGACACAGAGGCAGCAGUAGAAACUGAUCUACCUCCUGAAAUGGACAAGGCGUCAGUCACCCAAGAAAGAAAGCGGCCAAGGAAGCUGUCGCAUAAGGUGCUGGAGUGCACAAUAGAAGAAGUGUCUGUAGCUCUGACAAAGAAGAAGGAGCCAAAGCGAUGCAGUGGAGUUACUGCAGAGAUAAAGGUGCAAGCCAAGAAAACUCAGGUUGGAUUUUCAAAGAAAGAGAAGCCUGCAUCCGGCACGUCCUCUUCCCCUGCCAAUGCUGCUUCCUCCCAGAACUCAGACGACGUCAAAGAUCGCCUCAGGGCCCUCACUCCAAACAUACCUCCCAGCCCCCAAGGAUCAAAGACCCCCAAGCGGGAGGCAGAGAUGGAGGCUUGUAGCAUCGAUGAGAAACAAAAUGAACACACUGGAACACUAACACCCAAACCCGAGGUGCUGUCUAUUGGUUUGAAUGAUACCUUCUCUUCCCAUGUGGAUGUGAAAGUGAAAAUAGGUGCUUCGACCUUAAAGGAGAAUGUCUGUCAGGUGUGUGAGAGGACAGGAGACCUGGUGCUGUGCGAGGGUCACUGUUAUGGAGCCUUUCACCUGCAGUGCAUUGGCCUGUCAGCGGCUCCAAAGGGGAAAUUCUUCUGUGGCGAAUGCAAAGCGGGUGUCCACUUGUGUUUCGUGUGCAAGAAGUCUGGUAAUGGGGUGAAGCGCUGCAUCAUACCGCUGUGCGGGAAGUUUUACCAUGCUGACUGCAUACUUGCGUACUCGGCGACACAACCGCACAACAAAGGCGUCCGCUGCCCCCUGCAUGUGUGUCUGUCCUGCCACAUCGCCAACCCGCUCAACAUCUGCAGCUCCAAAGGUCGUUUGGCACGAUGCGUUCGCUGCCCUGUGGCCUACCAUGCCAAUGAUAACUGUAUGGCAGCAGGCAGCUUGGUGCUUUCCAACAACAGCUUCCUCUGUCCAAACCACUUCACACCCCGCAAAGGCUGCAAGAAUCACGAACAUAUCAACGUGAGCUGGUGCUUUGUCUGCUCUGAAGGGGGGAGUCUGCUGUGCUGUGAAGCCUGUCCUGCUGCUUUCCAUCAGGAGUGUUUGAACAUCGAGAUGCCCCAGGGCAGCUGGUUCUGCAAUGACUGCAAGGCUGGGAAGAGGCCUCGUAUAAAGGAUAUACUGUGGGUCAAAUGGGGACGUUACAGGUGGUGGCCUGCAGAGGUCUGUAUGGCUAAAGACGUGCCGAAUAACAUCUUGAGGAUGAAACAUGAGGUGGGAGAGUUCCCGGUGCAAUUCUUUGGCUCCAAAGAUUUCGUGUGGACGUACCAGGCCAGAGUCUUCCCCUACAUGGAGGGCGACACUCACAACAUAGAGAAGAUGGGAAAGGGUGCAGACGCAGUGUACAAAAAGGCCCUGACUGAAGCAGCUGAGCGCUUCAAAGAGCUUCAGGCAGAAAAAGAGAUGAAGCAGCUUCAGGAGGACAGAAAGAACGACAAGAAACCUCCUCCAUACAGGCACAUCAAGGUUAACCGGCCGAUAGGGAAGGUGCAGAUCAUAACUGCUGACCUAUCAGAGAUCCCACGCUGCAACUGUAAGGCGUCUGACGAGAACCCGUGCGGCAUCGACUCCGAGUGCAUCAAUCGCAUGCUGAUGUACGAGUGCCACCCCCAGGUGUGUGCGGCGGGGGAGCGCUGUCAGAACCAGGCCUUCACAAAGCGACAGUACACAAAUGUGGAGAUUUACAGGACGCUGUCGUGCGGCUGGGGCUUACGGGGCAUGGCGGACAUAAAGAAGGGAGCCUUCGUGAGUGAAUAUGUUGGAGAGGUGAUCGAUGAAGAAGAGUGUCGAGCCCGCAUCAGACACGCCCAGGAGAACGACAUCUGUAACUUCUACAUGCUCACAUUGGACAAGGACCGGAUCAUUGACGCCGGGCCCAAAGGGAACCAGGCUCGCUUCAUGAACCACAGCUGCCAGCCAAACUGUGAGACUCAGAAGUGGACUGUGAACGGGGACACCAGGGUGGGGUUGUUUGCUCUGCGAGACAUCCCAAAAGAUGAGGAGCUGAAGUUCAACUAUAACCUGGAGUGUCUUGGAAACGGAAAGACUGCCUGUAAAUGUGGAGCGCCGAACUGCAGCGGUUUCCUGGGGGUCCGUCCUAAAAACCAGCCAUCGGCAGAGAAACCGAAGGAAGGGAGGAGGAUGAAGAAGAAGACUAAGCAAGUAGUGACAAAGGAGAGGGAGGACGAGUGCUUCAGCUGCGGGGACGGAGGUCAGAUAGUGUCCUGUAAGAAGCUGGGGUGUCCCAAGGUCUAUCACGCUGACUGUCUCAACCUGGCCAAGAGACCCGCAGGGCGAUGGGAGUGUCCAUGGCACCAGUGUGACAUCUGUGGAAAAGAGGCGGCGUCGUUUUGUGAGAUGUGUCCCAGCUCGUACUGUAAAGAGCAUCGUGAAGGAAUGCUCUUCAUCUCCAAACUGGACGGCAAACUGUCCUGCAGCGAGCACGACCCCUGUGGGCCCGACCCCCUGGAGCCGGGGGAGAUCCGGGAAUAUGCGCCCAACAUGGCCUCCACUCAUCCCGGGUCGGAGGAUGCGCCCGUCUCCCUCUCGCUGGUCCCGGACUCGAGAAGAGACCGUUCAGCCCCCGCCACCUCUCCUGCUGGUCAUGCUGCAGCGGCUGGGCCAGGCCCUACUCCUCCUCCUCCUCCUCUUCCUCCUCCUCCUCCUCGUCUCUACAUCAACACAAAGACCGCGACCUCCAGCUUCAUCCCCUCCAACAGGUCCUAUCUCGCAGACGGGACCGAGGGUAAAGGGUUCUGCAUUUCCGCCUCAUCCGAGAACGAGAGAGAGGAUGGCGAGGUGGAGGAAGGCGAGGUGUGCGGGUUAGAAGUGGAAGACGGCGACGACGACGAAGAGGAUGAUGACGACGACGAUGACGAUGAAGAAGAAGAAGAAGAAGAAGAAGAAGAAGCAGAGGAGGACGAGGAUGAGAUGGAGGAGAUGGAGAUUGUGGAAGACGAGGACGGGGACGAGCAGCUGUAUGGAGGGGAGCUGGAGGAACAGGACGAGGAGGAUGAGGAGGGAGGGGACGUGUACGACUCUUGCGGUGACUAUGCGGAUGAAGGGGAGGUGGAUGGGGAGGACGAGGAGGAGUGGGGGAGGGUGGAGGACGAUGAAAAGUGACUCAGUCCACUCCUGCAUAACUACUCAGAAAAGCUCUCAAAAGACACUCAACCAGUAAAAGACUAUUAAAGAGUUUGACCUUCUGGUACCUACUUGAAUGCAUCACUGCCUUCACUCUGGUACCGCGUUGCCUUCUCGUCCCCACACUGCUGGACUCUCAGCGGGGAGGUGUACUGGUGCUAAGGCUCGAGGACUGACUCAGUCUGUCUCUUUAUACUUCUGUUUAUAUGUUUAUUCAUGUCUGGUGCUGUUAUGUUCCUUUUGUUUGUUCUCUCGACAUUGUUUACAUUUUUGGUCUUUUUUAAUGUUUGGAAUAUAAGAAAAAAGUGAGAAGUUCCUCCUGACCAAACUGUCAUCAUAACGCCAUCUUACAUUAUGGUUACUGUCUCGACAUUUCUAAUAACAUGAGUGAUCAAAGUAGUGUUCUCACUGGUUUUUGUUACAUUAAAGCACAACAUUAUCUGCUUGGUGCUUCUGAGGAAUGCAAAAAUAAAAACCCCCACUGGAGUCAUCUCGACUUACUCACUAAAAA